CUGCCCUUUAACACUAUUUAAAUGUUAUCGUGUCUGUGGCGGGAGUGUGCUUCUGUGGAGUGAUGUUUAUUUAUUCAUCGACUUAAUUUAAAUCUGUUUCAGUUAAGUAGACAGGGGCUUUGCGUUUCCGAACACUUGAGUCAACUUGACUCUCGCACCGGUUUCUCAGCGGACUUUGUUUUACAGUGGGAAGACAUGAGUCCGGCGAAGCGGGCCGCGGAGGUUUCGGGCCUGUACGUGCGCUUCGUGGGCGACGCCGAGGUCCUGGAGCACAUCGUGGAGCGGCGAGAGGGUGCAAAGGUGCCCAAAGGCUCUGUGCAGAAGCUCCUCGCCCUCAAGGAGGACCAGGGACCGCAAGAGUGCGAAGGGAGCGUCGGCGAGCAGGACUACCUGGACGCCCUGGGCACAGGAGCCACAGCGGGGGAGGAAGACGGCGGUGGCGGCGGCGGCGGCAGCUCGGGCCCUGGGGGAAGCGCCGUGUUCACCUUCCAGACCGCCAAGCGCUCCCACAAGAUGGCCCAGAUGGCAUCGGAGAUGGCGCGGGCACCAGGCAGAACGGUCACCUUCUGCUCGCCGGGCUCUCCAGAGGCGGCCGGCAGCCCAUCCAGAGGCAGCAGGGGGGCGGCCGGCGAGACCAGGACUCCGCCGAAGGUUCGUCCUACAGGCGGUAGGGGAAGAGACGUGCGGAGUCCAGCUGGAGAGUCCUGGGCUUCACGCUUAAAUUCUUUCCUUCCCCAGGGCAGAAAGGUGCGGUUUGUAUCGAGCACUCCGCACCGGCUGAGGAAGCGACUGGCUGCUCCAAACCUGAGGUCUGAGAGCGACAGCGACCUGUCUCCCUCCCAUUCGGAGGAUGAGGAGGACGACGACGAGGAGGAGAGGGAAGAAAAGGAGGAGCUGCGUGAGGCUGAGCUGACGACCCCCAGCAAGGUGGCUGCGGCGGCUCUCUACAGAACUCCCGCAAAGAAACCCAAGAAAGGUCUCGAGCCCAGCCUGGUGGAGGAGUACUUCACAGCUCACGCCAGUUCGAAGGUCACGACCUCUGACAGAACUCUUCAAAAGCUGCAGACGCCCAAGCUUGACCAGGAAACACUGGCCAGGCUCCUCGAUGGGAAACCGUCCUCAUAUGCAGACGAAAUUAAUCAGCUGAACAAGGAGCACGAGAAAUUUUUUAGCAAGUGGAUGCUGCAGUUACAGCUGGGUUUCAACGUGCUGCUCUACGGCUUGGGCUCCAAGAAGCCACUGCUGGAACGGUUCCGCACAUCGAGGCUCCUUGGCGUCACUCACCUGGUCGUCAACGGCUUCUUCCCCAGCAUCACCCUCAAGUCGAUUUUGAACUCCAUUACGGUGGAGGUGCUGGAGCAUCAGGGCAGCUUCCGCUCCCCUGUGGAGCAGAUGGACUUCAUCAUGAAAUCCCUGAGACAAGACCCGAGUUUGCAGGUGUACCUCGUCAUCCACAACAUUGACGGGCCGAUGCUGCGGAGUGAGAAGACCCAGCAGGCACUGGGGCAGCUGGCCUCCCUGACCAACGUGCACGUGCUGGCAUCCAUCGACCACAUCAACGCGCCGCUCGUGUGGGACCAGGCGAAGCUGAGCCUUUUCAACUGGCUGUGGUACGAGACGACCACCUACCUGCCGUACGCCGAGGAGACGUCCUACGAGAACUCGCUGCUGGUGCAGCAGUCUGGGGCGCUGGCGCUCAGCUCCCUCACGCACGUGCUCCGCAGCCUCACGCCCAACGCCAGGGGUAUCUUCAGGCUGCUUGCAGAGUUCCAGCUGGAGAGCAGAGACAACCCCUCGUAUUCAGGGCUCUCCUUCCAGGAGUUCUACCAGCGGUGCCGCGAGGCCUUUCUGGUGAACAGUGACGUCACCCUGAGGACGCAGCUCACCGAGUUCCGCGACCACAAACUCAUCCGCACCAAAAAGGGUGCCGACAGCGUGGAGUAUCUGCUGAUCCCCGUCGACCCGGCAACGCUGACUGACUUCCUGGAGAAGGAGGACGCGCAGUGAGGGCAGGGUCGGGGGGCCCUGCACCUGCGACUGUGCGGCAUCGUUCCUUGGCAUCUCCCGGACGUCAUGCUGUACCUACACGCCACCUGGACGUUCUUGCGUUUUCUCCAUUGUCUCAGAUGCAAACUGACUGGGAUGAAAGCAGAAUGAAUGUAAGUUACAAUGUAUAAAUAAAU